UCUCUCUUUCUCCUGUGGCAUGUGAUGCCACUCUCUUUCACAAUUCAGCUCACUGGACCAAAUCACCCAAGUCCAGAAAAGGAACACAAAUUAUUCUUUCUUUGAGAAAAUUCUUGGAUACAUUUUUCAAGUUGUUUUGCUAUAGACCUGUUAAGAUUUUCCUACCAUUUUCUAGUGUACUGGUGUGUCUAUAGCUUUCUCAUUGUAUGAGUGUGUGUAGCCUGUGGAGAGGAGAGUGAAAGAAUGGACCUUGUCUGGAUAACAGUGGCUUUUUUUCUCUUUUACAAGUGUGUGGAGUGCUCAGGAACUGCUAAAGAAUGGACAUAUGCAGGUGCUGUGGGACAGUCAGAAUGGGCUGAGUUUUUUCCUGACUGUGGUGGUUCUAGUCAGUCACCCAUAAACGUGGACACAUCCCAAACACUGUAUGAUCCAACGCUAAUCCCCGUGCAGCCCAUGGGAUACAACCAUUAUGGGAAGAGAACAUUCACCCUCUACAAUAAUGGCCAUACAGUGCAGAUGACAUUGCCACAUUGGAUGAGCGUGGCUGGGUUGCCAUGGCAUUAUAGUGCUGUACAGCUGCACCUGCACUGGGGUAGUGAAGUGGGAGUGGCUACAGGAAGUGAACACACCAUUAAUGGACAGAGCACUGCAGCAGAGCUCCAUAUUGUCCAUUACAAUACAGAGAUUUAUGCUAAUAUGUCAGAUGCUAAGACCCAGGAGAAUGGCCUCGCUGUGUUGGCAAUCCUAAUUGAGGCAGGCGAGGAGAUUAAUCAAGGAUAUGGCAGUAUUCUUAACUAUCUGGGCCACAUCAGAUAUGCAGGCCAGAAGGUGGCUAUACCUGCAUUUGAUAUAGAGUUGCUGCUGCCUGACAACCUCAGCCAAUAUUUCCGCUACAACGGCUCACUCACCACUCCUCCCUGCCACCAGAGUGUCCUCUGGACUAUCUUCAAUGAAAGAGUUAAAAUCUCUCACUCACAGCUGAUGAAAUUACAAACAGUGUUGUACUCUAGUAAAGAAGAAGAGGCAGAGCCCAUGGCUCUCCAGGAUAACUACCGCACCACCCAGCCACUCAAUCACAGAACUGUCCUGUCCUCUUUCAUUCCGGUCUCAGUUAAAAUUUAUACUACAGGUGAAAUCGCAGCUAUUGUGAUCGGAUCUCUCUGUGGAUGUAUAGGCUUGGCUGUUAUCAUCUGCUUUAUUGUGAAAACUAUUCGGUAAGAAUGUUAACAAACCAAACAUCUCUCAUGUGUCUUAAAAAGCUGGCUGGAGAUGG